GUUUUCUUCCUCGACCUCCUCCCUCUGCCUCAAUCGCCGCCUCCUCCACUGAUUCCUCUCCGCGCCGCCUCUCCUAAUUUCUUCCCGCGCCGCCGUCGUCUGGGGGCGCUGCCGCCCGGGGUUUCCUCGUCCGGCCCUUCUCCUCCCGUCCUCCGCCGCUGUCCGUUCCUCCGGCGCUGGCCGCCGGCCGCUUCUUCUCCUCCCUUCCGGCUGCAGCUUCGGUAUUCCCCAAACACUGGGCUGCAAGCACGGUUUGCGUCGUGGAUGCCUGCACGCUUGCUGCUGUAUCUCCCCUGCGGGGCAGGCUGCGGGCAUCAGUGAAACCAAACACCCCCUAAAGCUCUGCUUCUCCUGUUCCGCCGUUCGUUUCCUGCGCGGCGGCGGCGAUGAAGGCGUGCGCUAGAGCGGCGGGGGAGAGGCUCCCGCUGGUUCGUCCCUCGGCCAGGCAACCGCUGGCUCAUAGCUUUGUUAAGGUCGGUACAUUAGCAUCUCAACACGAGACAAAGUGUGUAGUGUCCUGCUCAAUUGGGGUGUCAGAAAACAGGGCACACAGAAUAGAAUUAAGGGCAGAACACAUUCUCCCAGCAACGGAAGAUCAUGUCGUGAAAGCAAUCGACGCAAUCAACAGGGGGCAAGUGAUCGCGGUGCCCACUGAUACAAUAUACGGGUUUGCUUGUGAUGCAUGUUCUGCAGAAGCAGUAAACCGGAUAUAUGAGAUCAAAGGGCGCAUACAUACACGUCCUCUGGCAAUCUGUGUUUCUGAUGUCCCAGACAUAUCACGGUUUGCUGUAGUGGAUCACUUGCCCCAUGGGUUGCUUCAUAGUCUACUUCCUGGUCCAGUCACUGUUGUUUUAAAACGAGGUGAAAAUAGUAUACUUGAGAGAUCACUUAAUCCUGGUCUGGACAGCAUUGGUGUUCGUGUACCAAAUUUGGAUUUCAUACGGUCCAUUGCUCGUGGUGCUGGAAGUGCACUCGCACUUACAAGUGCCAACUUAAGUGGCCGGCCUAGUAGUGUCAACGUCAAAGAUUUUGGAGAUCUAUGGCCGAAUUGUUCAUAUGUCUUUGAUGGCGGAAUACUUCCUUCUGGACGUGCUGGUUCAACAAUUGUUGACCUAAUAACACCAGGAGUCUACAAGAUAUUGAGAGAUGGGAGCUCAAGGGAUGAAACGACGGCUGUGCUAGGCCAGUUUGGCUUUGUUGAAGUUUAAUGACAGCUCGGUGCCUUCAGAGAGUUCCCUUGCUAUUCAUCACAUUCCCCCCUGUUUAAUUAGAGUGUAGCACAGUAUAGGAUGUCCUUUGUGAUUUAUUCUUCCCUCUUUGAACUUUUUGGUUGAAGCAUCAGUUUCUUGUAACAAUGUCCACGUGUAACUCAUGUGGUGUGAGCUAACUCACGAUGGCUUGCCACUAUUGGAGCUGUUAGCAUUUUGUGUUGGUCACAUCUGAGAAGGUAAGACAGAGGGAGGCAGAGGGUGGGGGUAACUGGCAGUGCAGGGAGCAGGGGCGACGACGGGUGCGCAGGGGGAAGAAUGGCCAACUUCAGUAUAAAACCAACAAAGAAACAUGGGACCAAUAAAAAUCUGGGCUGGGCAAAAGGGAGGAUAAAGUCGAAGAGAGGUCUCAAACUCACUAUAGCCCUUAAAAGUGAUGCCAGUAUUUAUUUGAUGUUAGUAGGUAUUGAUAUUUUUCUGUAAACUUUUGGUUGAAUCUGAAAAGUUUGACUUACGGUAAAAU